AUGAGCGACUUCUGUAAACAGGCUGAUCAGUGGAGCUCGAAAUACGUCGAUUUGAGUGCUACUGGAAAGGAAGGACUAAUGGAUCGACGAGCAAGCAGCAUCACAGGAACAGAAGGAAUGCUGGAAGCAAAGGUGCUUCCUCAGCGGCCAGGAUUUCGACACCACCGAAAAGAGAACUAUGUGUGCCGAGAGCCCCUGUCCCGGCAAUCUACAGAGUUUAGUGAGGUCCCGGAGGGGACUCAGACCCAGUCCCAGCAGCCGCCCAGGGUGAAACUGAAUGGCUCCACUGUGGAGACACCCAGCCACCACGACCUGCACCGCGAACUACUGCUCAGCACCAAACGAGGCCUGUUACCGGGAGAGAAGCCUGAGCUGAAGCGAGUCCUGGAACAGAGGAGGCUGGAGCAGCAUAGAGAGCAGGAACUGGCUCUACGGCCUCCUUUAGAACUGGAGACUGAACUACGCAAGAGACAGCAGAUACUGCUGGAGUAUGAGCAGGAGGAGAUCAGGCGUCGAGAGGAGCAGGAGAAAGGUGUCCCUGAGUUUGUUCGCGUGAAGGACAACCUGAGGCGCACACAGGUGUCUGGGCAAUGAAGGCCACAUGAUGCUCUGUCCCUUCCCAUCACCCCCCGCAGCCUCCCACCACAAAGGCUCUGGCUGGGGCCCGUUUCUACACCCAAGAGUCCAAAGACUGCACUUCUACGCCUCCCUCACCACAAUGGUUCUGCCAUUACAAUGCAACCACCCUCCUGUUUCACCCUCCACCAACCUCCACUGUGCCCCAUAACCUACAGCUAUAUGAUGAGGGUCAACUUCACUGCAGCAAGUUACUGAAAAGACUACUACUAGGACUGAUAUGCAUCUCUUGCUGGACUGUUUAUACUUUGUGAAAAAAGCUAAUAAAGAAUCAAAUAAGAAAACGUGUGAAAUAUAAAGCAAUGUAGGAACUGGUCAAUAGGUUUCAUGUAGAGAAUGUGAGU